ACGCUAUAUACUUAUAUGCUAGGAAUUACGGAAUUCCUCUCUGACUUCAGGCCCUGACUUUCAAAGAGAUUAAUCCAAUACUGGGCAUCUUUAUACUAGGUGGCCUACUGAAGACUUGAUGGAUCAUCCAAGGUGCCUGUUGCGUUGAAAGCUCGUUGUAAGCUGCAGUUUAUACAUGGCAUUAAUGAGACUUUCUUCAUUCAUUGUCCCGCGCUAGAAGAACUGACGUACGGUAUAUUAUCUCGUGAAAGAAGCAAAACCAUAAAAAAAAAUCAUACAAAAUAACUUAGAUAUUUUACCAUUAUUUUAAGCAAAAUUUUAGCAUAUGUAACCCUGGAAUUAUUCAUUCAAAUAUUUUUUGAAAAAUAACACAAAUAGGUAAACUCUAAGCAAUAUAAAUAUAUAUACACAUGUAUGUAUAACUAUAUUGAAUAACAUAACAAUAAUAUUAUUGUUAAUGAAUUAUUAGUGCUAUCAUUGAUUUUUAUAAAUAAUUUACAAUAACUUAACGCACUUGUGCGGCGACGAAACAUGGGAAUCACCGACUGUACUGUUAUCAGUGGAUUUUACUCAGAAAAUAAGAUCUGGUGGUAAGUCCUGGUUUCUACAUAAUAGACAACAUUGUCAGAUAACCAUUUGAACUGACCGCCGUACGGGAAUGAAUUAUCGCCUAUACAUCGCUAUGACGUUAAUGAAAGACAUCCGUAUUUUGAUGUCGGCUUUCCAUCUUUUGAUGGGGGCAAGUAUAGCUUUAUGUGAUGAAAACGAGUAUCGUUUGGUGCGGGAUUUAAUGAAAAAUUACAACAAGCAAGUUCGGCCAUCGUCAAAUUUCUCAGAGGCUCUUAAUGUGACCUUCGGAGUGGCACUGGCACAAAUUAUUGAUGUGGAUGAAAAGGAUCAGAUUAUAACAACUAACUGCUGGAUUAAUCAAAACUGGAUCGAUUACAAGCUGCAGUGGGAUCCAAUCAAAUAUGGCAAUGUGUCCGUCAUCCGCCUUCCUUUUAGUGACAUUUGGCGUCCUGAUAUCUUACUGUACAAUAAUGCUGACGUGAAGGCGUUCGAAUCGUCCAUCAGUACGAACGUGAUAGUCACCAGCGAGGGAAACGUCACCUGGUUGUCCAUGGUCAUCUUCAAGAGUUCAUGCUCCAUCGAUGUCAAGUUUUUUCCUUUCGACGAACAGAACUGCUCCAUGGAAUUUGCGUCAUGGACGUACGACGCAUACCAAGUUAAUAUAUUAACCAACGGUGAAGACAAUGGGGACAUGUCAAACUACAUCGAAAAUUCAGAGUGGUCCCUGAUCGGCUUUCAACAAAAGCGGCACGUCGUUCGUUUCUCGUGCUGCGAGGAACCUUACAUCAUUAUUCACUAUCAUAUAUUAAUAAAAAGACGCCCGCUUUUUUAUUUGUUCAACAUGGUCAUGCCCUGUAUCUUAAUAACUUUGGUGGCUCUGCUCGGCUUUUAUAUGCCAUCUGAUUCAGGAGAAAAAAUAUCCAUGGGGAUUACCACACUUCUGUCCAUGACUGUAUUUUUAAUGAUAGUGGCCGAAAAGAUGCCACCGACAUCGGACGUCCUACCUCUCAUAGGCUUGUAUUAUGGCAUCACUAUUGCAAUUGUGUCCUUCGCGACUGGAAUGACAGUACUAACACUGAACAUCCACCACAAAGGAACGCGAGGCUACGAGGUGCCUAUGAUCCUUAAAAAAAUAUGCUUCGGUGUUGUCGCCAAAAUCUUAUUUAUUAAACUCGAAGUACCUUUGGGUUCUAAAGAAUCGAUGCCUGCAGCCCCUGUAGCGGAUUAUUAUAGACGUUUUGAUACCGACAAACUUCCUGAAAAUGGCCGACUUUCCCCAAGGUUUAUUCGCAAAUUGAAUCCAUCGGCUUCGGCUACAGCCAGCGAGACUUUCGAAAGGCAAUUCAUGCGUGUCCUCCAAAAAGUCUAUCAAACCAUUGAACGCAAUGAAAUGAGACUGGCUGAGCAAGACCGACGUGACCUCAUCAAACAGGAAUGGCAACAGCUGGCCUUGAUUAUAGACAGAGUACUUCUCCUUAUAUUUCUAGGACUCACAAUAACCGUAACUUUAACAGUUUUUUUCCAAGGACCUUGAAAUAAUGUUUUUAAAAUUCUAUUGGAGUAAAAAUGAAAAGAAAAAUAUAAAUUCAUGGUCUAAUUGUGGGACAAUGCACCUAAAUUGCUAGAGGAAGUUUUAUGUCAGUCACCAAAACUGGGCUUCUUAAGUAUACAAGAAAGGAAUACAUACGCAAGAACAUGAGAAAGUUUUGGUUUGUUAAACAGCCAUGAGGCAUCCACACAAAUUCUUACUCGUUAAGAAUGCAAAAUGAAUAUAGUUCUUAAUAAUUAUGUUAUACAGUUAGAAUUAUUAUUACUAUGACUAUCAUCAUCUUCAUGUUUAUUUUUAAUUAUUUUUAAUAUUAAUAUUAAUAUUGCUGUUACUGUUGUUUGAUUUCUAUGUUUCCUUUCCAAUUAUGACUGAAACCACCUUUAGUUACGGCGUUACUGGUCACGUAUGUUAUAAAAUUCCAAUCAAUGAAAAAAGAAAAACUUCAAAAAAGAAAGAAGGAAACAAUGAUGUCAUUUUAUUAACCAUGUUUUUAGUUUAUUGUUAUAUAUUAAACAGAUUGUUAAAAUUUAACGAAAAAUACAGCUUCGGAAACUCGUGGGAAGUUUGAAAAGUAACAAAAAAAUUAAGAGUGGACAAAUCAUUGCUCGUAAAACUUAGAUAACUGAAGUCAAAAUUUUUCGCUGAAUUAAACAAAA